AGUCCAGCCAGUUAACAUGGAAGCCAGUUACCGUAGGGCCUAUAACAACGGCAUUUAGCCCAACGCCAAAAUAGAUGAGCGCCACCAAAAUGUCAGAGAAAACGCCUCUGCUGCAUUACCGACUAUCCUCAAGCACCCAUGGCUCGGGUAAUUCAGUCGGGGUCACAGUUGAUAAAUCGCCGCGUGUGUCUCGGAAGACCGCCGGAAAGCCUCCAAAGAAACUAACGACUUUCUUCGGAGUAAUCAUACCAACUGUUUUAUCCAUGUUUAGCGUUGUUUUAUUUCUUCGGAUUGGGUUUGUUGUCGGUCAUGCAGGACUUUAUCAGUCCAUCCUGAUGUUCUUGGUAUCUUAUCUAAUCAUUACUAUGACUGUGCUGUCGGUUUGUGCUAUUUCAACCAAUGGAGCAUUGGAUGCUGGUGGGGCCUACUAUAUGAUCAGUCGAGCCUUAGGACCAGAGUUUGGAGGUAGCAUAGGCAUCAUGUUUUUUUUUGCCAAUGUUUGUGGAUGUGCCCUCUAUGUUCUUGGCCUUGUGGAAGCAAUCACUGUGUCUUUUGGCAUUUCUGAAGGUGAAGCUGGUUUGGCAAAUCCCUAUCACAUGCUUCCACUGGGAUACUGGUGGUCCCUCCUGUACGCCUCAGCCGUUCUACUCCUUUGCCUUGGGGUGUGUCUUGUUGGUGCCCAUAUCUAUGCCAAGACCACCUUUCUCAUUUUCCUCAUCGUCAUGACCGUGUUGAGCUCAAUAUUUGCCAGCUUCUUCAUUGUUGGACCAAGAGUAGUUGUCUUGCCGGCCGUGUCAGGCAAUUCUACCCAGGCAGCCACUGCCAACUUCACUGGCUUCAAAUUGGACACGUUGUUGGGUAAUUUGUGGGGGAGUUACACAGUGGACUACACCACAGGUUCCAUGAUGAGUUUCACCACAGUAUUUGCUGUCAUGUUCAAUGGCUGCACUGGCAUUAUGGCUGGCUCCAAUAUGUCAGGUGACUUGAAGAACCCCAGUUAUUCCAUUCCUCGUGGAACCCUGACUGCAGUCGUCUUCACAUUCAUCACAUACAACCUUCUAGCUUUGUUGGCAUCAUGCUCUUGUGACCGUCUACUACUCCUAAGAAACUACAGUUUUCUCUGUAAUAUUGAUGUCUGGUGUCCACUUGUGAUGGUGGGCAUAUACGCAUCCACCCUGUCAGCAGCCAUGAGUAAUCUUAUUGGGGCUUCACGGAUUCUCUUUGCUCUAUCACGAGACAAUCUAUUUGGUGGAGUUCUGGCUCCAGCAAGUCAGACAUCUGAAAGAGGAAACCCAUGGGUUUCUGUCCUCAUCUCCUGGUCACUUGUGCAGGUGGUACUGCUGCUCGGGAAAUUGAACACCAUUGCCAGCAUUGUCACCAUAUUUUUUUUGCUGGUGUAUGCUGCUGUCGAUCUGGCUUGUUUAGCCCUGGAAUGGGCCUCUGCUCCAAACUUUCGGCCUACCUUUCGGUACUUCACCUGGCAUACCUGUGCACUUGGCAUCGUGGGUUGUCUGGUGAUGAUGUUCCUGAUCAAUGCCAUUUAUGCCUCGGUCAGCAUUGUUUUCAUGCUGGUGUUGCUGCUGCUCAUCCACUACCUGUGUCCCACAAGUAGCUGGGGAUAUGUUUCUCAGGCCCUCAUCUUUCAUCAGGUGCGCAAAUACCUGCUGAUGCUGGACGUGAGAAAGGACCAUGUAAAGUUCUGGCGACCACAGGUGCUGCUGAUGGUUGCCAAUCCACGGAGCAGCACCGGCCUCAUAACCUUCAUCAACGAUGUAAAGAAGAGUGGGCUCUACGUACUCGGCCAUGUUCAGUUAGGAGAGCUGGAGAUGCUGCCUGCUGACCCACUGCAGUCAUGCUACGACUCCUGGUUCUCUCUGGUCGACUAUCUUAACAUUAAGGCCUUUAUCAGUCUCACUUUGGCUGACUCAGUUCGACAUGGAAUCCAGCACCUGUUAUUUAUUUCAGGUUUAGGAGGAAUGAGGCCCAACAUCCUUGUACUGGGUUUCUACGAUGACUGCUCUCCCAAGGACAACCUGCAGGACUGUGUCUUUUCCACUGGUGCCCACUCUGCUAAAGGACAGAAGAGAAUCUUUCACUUCCCUCCCGUAUGUAGUGAUCGAAUGAGCGGUGAGGCUGCCUCUGCCAAACACCUGUCCAUUGAGGAGUAUGUAUAUGUCAUCGCAGAUGCUGUAAAGAUGCAGAAGAGUGUGGCCCUAGCACGAUAUUUCUGCUCUUUUAACCAGUCGGAGGUUUUAGCCAGAGCCAAACCAGGCCAGUCUGGUCUCUAUAUUGAUGUGUGGCCACUGAACCUGCUGCGGCCUGAUAACUGUAGCUACGUGGACACAUGCUCUCUCUUCUUGCUCCAGCUUGCUUGCGUGUUGCACAUGUCGCACGCAUGGCACCAGGCCAGGCUCCGUCUCUUCUUGUGUGUGGAGACAGGCUGUUGUAUGCAAGAGGCCGAAGAAAUGCUUCAGCAGAUGCUGAAGGACCUGCGCAUGACAGCCAACGUGUACACCGUGCCCUGGGACCAUGUGGUGGCGCUGCAUGGACAGAGGCGGGCAAAGGUCAGCCAGGUCCAUCCCAGAGCCCAGACUGAUGGAGCCCCUGAGUGUGUCCACAGCUUUCCCAGCAACACCACACUGCUGUCAGAUGAGUAUCUGCGUGCCGUCAAUCUGUUGAUUCGUGAGAAUGGAGAUCCACCCCCUGCCGUGCGUUUCCUGUAUCUACCCCGUCCCCCUGCAGACACGCGCCGCUACACCCCCUACCUGCACCAGCUUGACCAGUUGACUCAGGAUCUAGGGCCCACUUUGCUUAUUCAUGGAGUUGUGCCCGUCAUUACCACUGAUUUAUAGAUCUGUAGCACCAGUGGAACGAAAUGUUGAAAGAUAAGAUUACUUCCUUGCUAUUUUCCCAAUGUUAAUGUUUUUUACUCAUUUACCAGAUUUUUUAAAUUUGUGAGAAAAGAAGAAUAAAUAAAGGCAUAUUG